AUGGUUGCAGAAAACGACCCCCGGGAUGUGCUGCCACCCCGUCAGACGCGUGAGGUCAUCGAGCUGGUCAACUACGUCUCGCUUGGCGGGACGCUGUCCGUGUUUGGUAUCGCGACAAACGUCAUCAACAUGGCGGUCUUCUACAAGCAAGGCCUGCAGUCCACCACCAACAUCGGCUUCUUCGGACUAGCCGUGUCAGACCUGUGUGUCCUCCUCACGCUCUUAGACUUCGCUCUCCUGCUCAACCCGCUGGUCGAGUACUCCGACAUCCAGGUCAACACGCGCGAGGUCCAGUACCUGCUCGCAGGCUGGCCGCACGUCUGCUUCACCAGGACCACGUGUCUCAUCAUGGCCUACGUCACGGCCGAGAGGUGCAUCUGUAUCACAUUUCCUCUGACCGUCAAGCAGAUGAUCACGCCAAGAAGGACAACCUUUAUUAUGUGUUUCAUCUUCAUCAUCUCCAUCCUCAUGGUCCUACCCGAGUUCGUCACCACAUACUUCGACUGGAAGGUGCACCACAUGACCAACACGAGCAGCAUCCGCCUGAUUGGUAUCUACUUCACCAGCAACAGGAAGGACAUUGAUUCCUUCUCCUUCCUGAUGAACGGCCUGAUGGGUAUCUUCUCCCUGCUGCUAGUGAUUGUCUUCACCUCGGUUCUUGUCUGGAAGUUGAAGAACAGCUCGGAGUGGCGCAAACAUCACAAGCUUGAACUAGCCGAGACCAAAUCUACACGGGACAAGAAAGCCAUGAAGAUGGUUCUGUUGAUAUCCAGUAUUUUAAUCGUCUGCUCCGUGCCGAACAUACUCGUCUCCACAACGUCCAUCUGUGUUGAGGGCAUCAGCAUCAUCGGCUACUACCAGAACCUGUUCUACGUCUUGUGGUCGUUCGCUUUUGUCUUCGGCGCCAUCAACUCCAGCAUUAACAUUUUCCUCUAUUAUAAAAUGAGCUCUAAAUAUCGUCUGACGUUCCAUGCCAUUUUUUGUCAAUCAGUUACGAUUAAAAUAAACCGGAAGUGA